UGCUUUCUCAGCCCCAACUUUUUGCUCGGAAAAGAGCCAAUCCCAAUCAGCUUGCUCUCUCCUUCAUCUACCGGUUAUUUCAGUUGAUGCACCGCGAGGCCCCGAAUUUGGGCCACCUUUUCGGGACUCUUUCUGUAUGGUGGCGUUUGAGAUCGACCGCGUAGUCACCCGUUUGAAAGCUCAUCGGCAGGUGUCAUUCCGUGCCCCCCUACCUCGGUCUAACAUCUUAAAACAACCUCCCUUCUGUGUUUUCUUCCAUCAUUGUUCCCCAAACUUACUUGAAAAACCUAUUUCAAACUCAAUUCAACCAGCACCAUGUCGACGACACACGAGAUCGUGAUCCUAGGAGCCCAUCACGGAGGGGUGAACGCGGCCCAUUAUCUGCUUCGACACGUAAUCCCACCGCUCUCAAAGCUGACACCGGAUGUUUUAUAUCACAUCACAAUUGUGUCUCCAAACACCGACUUCUACUGGAAUGUUGCAACUCCGCGCCAUCUCGUCAGCGAGGAAUUGAUUCCUUCAGAAAGCGUGUGGUUAUCUAUCGCCGCCGCAUUUGCGAAAUACGAUCAAAAGACCAUCACAUUCAUCCAAGGAAAAGCAACAGCUCUCACCCCCAAAUCACGAACCGUAACAAUCACAACAUCAACAAAUCAGACCCAAGAUGUGGUUUAUUCGACACUCGUCAUCGCAACAGGCAGCUCAUACGCUUCUCCGCUCUGGCAAAUCAACGAAAGCGACUCCGUCACCAAAACAGAGAUCGCACGCAUCCGAGGCUCCUUGAAGAACGCCCGAUCAGUCUUAAUCUCAGGAGGUGGCGCGGUCGGUGUUGAAACUGCAGGCGAAAUCAGCUCUUACUACCCGAACAAAAGCAUCACCUUGCUCUCCGGAACAACCCGUCUUCUGAUCCGGCUCACUGCAUACAAUAGCGCACAAGCUGAGUCGAACUUGAAGACUCUCGGGGUCAAGACGCUGCACAAUUUGCGUGUCACGUCUGUGAAGAAGAAUGAAGAAGGGGGUACGACGCUGGGAUUCUCGGAUGGGUCAAUGAGACCGGUUGAUGUGUUCAUCGAUGCUACAGGUCCCACGCCAAAUACGACGUUCUUACCUCCAUCGUGGGUUGAUACUCGAGGGCACGUGAUUGUUGAUCCCCUGACCCUGAGGACGAAGAUCGAGGGUGUGUAUGCUGUUGGUGAUGUGGCGAACUACUGCGAUGGGGGCAUCGUCUCGACUGGUAACGGCAUUUCGCCGGUUUGCACGAGUAUUGGGAUUGAUAUUGCCAAGGCUGCAGGGAAGGAGAUUCCGUUUACGCAGAAGACGUAUAAGGGGAUAGGGGAGACGCAGUUUGUCCCCACCGGACCUAGUGGGGGCGUGGGACAGCUGUUUGGCUGGUGGAUCCCGAGUUGGUUGGUUUGGUUGGUGAAGAGUCGGACGUUCUUUGUUAGUAUGGCGAAGGGGGCCGUGGAGGGAGGGAAUGUUGUGAAGCCUUGAGGGCUCGAAGCGAG